AUGAUUAUUCGGGAUGAGCUUCCAUUUAGUCAUGUGGAGGGUAUUGGGUUUCAUGAAUUUUUGAAGGAGGCACAACCUAGAUUUGAUUUGCCAUCUCGUACAACAAUUGCUAGAGAUGGGGAUACAAUUGGUAGGCUUGUGGAGGCAUGUUUGAAUGGAUGGGGGAUAGACAAAGUUUUCACCAUAUCAGUUGAUAAUGCUUCCUCCAAUUAUGGAUGUAGUAGCUACAUGAAGAAGAUGUUAGAAAAGUGGAAUUCACUCAUAGGUAAUGGUAGUUUGUUGCAUAUUAGGGGGUCAUCCCAACGGUUAGAGAAGUUUAGGGCUUGUUUGGAGAUGGAGAAUGUUGAUACUAGAACCAUGGUUCCUUUAGAUGUGUGCACAAGAUGGAAUUCAACUUACAUGAUGUUGGAGAGUGCUUUUAAGCUCCAAAAAGGUUUUGAGAGGAUGCAGGAGGAUGACCCAAACUUUUUGGGGUACUUUGAGGAGUAUGAAGCUCAUGGUCCUCGAUACAAGAUGGAAUAUGUGGAAUUUUGCUUGGGUGACUUGGUGUCCGAUGAAAAUGGGGUUAAUGACAUGUCAUUGGAGAUCAAGACACUUUUAAACAAUUUGUUACAAAAGUUCUUGAAGUCAAUGAGAGAUAAGGAUGUUGUUGAGAUAAGAAAUGAGAUUGAUAAAUACCUAUUGGAACCUCCCGUGAAUCUUACCAAUGAUGAGUUCAAAUUGCUUGAUUGGUGGAAGGAGAAUGCUACAAAAUUUCCAAUACUUUCCAAUGUUGUAAAAGAUGUAUUUGCUGUCCAAGCAUCAACUGUGGCUUUGAAAUGUUCUUUUAGUAGGGGUGGGCACGGUUCG